GAUGAGUUCAAGAAUUAUUUCAGCAUAAAAAAGAUUUAAUUUUUCUAGGACAUUCUACUUGGUUUUAAUUCAAUCAACAACAAUGAACAGAAGUGUGAGCAAGCAGCUAGUGCACUCCUUUGUGGAGUUCCUACGCAGUGAGCUGGCACAGGGAGAGACGGCGUUGGGGGCAGAGGCAGCCGAGAGUGUGGAGGUGGCGUUACAGUGUCUCGAGACGGCUUACAAUCUACCUGCUUCACCUGCACCUAAUGUUGAGCUUUAUGCCAUCUUCUCUGAAGCUCUGAAUCGUCAGUGUGUGAAUUCCAGCAUACCUCAGCAACAAGCCAGCGGCAGCAGCACUCAGCUGCCAACUGAUGAAGACAAGGCUCGGGCAGAGCAACUCAAGGCAGAGGGGAAUGCAAGAAUGAAGGAAGGGGACUUUGCUGCCUCUAUACAGUCUUAUACUCAAGCAAUAGAAAAGGACCCACACAACGCAGUUUACUACUGCAACAGAGCAGCAGCCCACAGCAAGCUUGAGAACCACAAUGCUGCCAUCGAGGACUGCAAGAAAGCUUUGAACCUUGAACCUAACUACAGUAAAGCUUACGGCAGGAUGGGGCUGGCGUACAGCAACGUGAACAAGUUAACUGAAGCACGCGACUGCUACAAACGGGCGCUAGAACUCGAGCCUGAGAACGAGAGCUACGCAUCCAACUUAUCCAUCGCAGAGGAGGCUCUUGCUGCUAGCGCCCAACAGCCCGCCAAUCCUCUUGCUGGCCUGCUGUCGGGGGGAGGUGGUCUGGCAGGCCUUGCUGGCGCCUUCAACAGCUCCGGGGCUCCUGAUCUGUCAGGGUUCUUGGCAAACCCAGCCCUCAUGAACGUUGCUACGCAGCUCAUGUCCGACCCCAACAUGCAGAACAUGAUGACAAACAUUUUGUCGAGUGGUGUAGCUGGAGGAGGAGGAGCCCCAGCAGCCGCUCCAUCUGCCACGUCCUCCGCCUCCGCGACGGCUCCCCCACCCGCUGCUGGAGGAGCACCAGCUGCAGGAGGAACAGGAGGAGGCUUUCCUGACAUGUCUGCUCUCCUUAACGCAGGCCGGCAGUUGGCUGAGCAGAUGCAGAGUCAACACCCAGAAUUGCUAUCCCAGUUGCGCUCCCAGAUGGGAGACCAACAGCCCCCUUCACAGCAGCGUCCUCCUCAAUCAUAAGCUUUUGUUCCUCCUUUGCCAUGUUAACGUCUCUGUUCUUGCUAAAGUUUACCAUAUUACCGACCAUUUCUUGCGUCAGGAAAGAUAAGACUCUCGCAAUAGUAAUAACUAUGACCUGAAGUAUUCUUACUCGACAUUGUGUGCAGCAUAGCAACUGCACAUAAAAUAAUUCUCAUUUGAUUCAAUGGUAACUUAAAUUAAGUAAUAUUCUUUACUAAAUUUAAUCUGCAUUUGGUUUUAGUCAUGGCGCGUCGAGAAAGCAUUGUUAACCGACAAUGAACAUGCAUAAUGAUAAAUUUUUUCAUGUUCUUUAUCUAGCUACAAGUAAACUAGGCGACUUCCAAGUCCCGUGAUGAAGCUGUGUCGUCUUGAUACGAUAUAUCCUAAGCUUUUGUCCCCUUCCCGCCGCCAAGUGUGAAUUUCCUCCAGAUUUAGCACAGUAAAUGUUCUGGAUUUUUCCUGAAGCAUCGACUCGUGCUCCUUGCCGUUCCUUUUUUCUAUGAAAGUCCUUACUUAUGAAUGUCAUUUUACGGCUCUCGACAUGGGAAAGAUUGCUAUUAUUGCUCCGCCUUUUCGUCAGAUCUGCGCUCAUGGAAGCUCAAUAAACGAUUGAAGCGUCGGCCAUGGUUGUUCAUUUGCGCUUUUAUUCGUGUUUAUUUUCAUUGUUUUUGCGUAUUGGAUUGUUGUAUUUCAAGCAUGCUUUCUAUUUCUGGCUGGCCGUAUAAUGAAAUGCCCAGGUGGCUGAUAAUAAAUUACUUGAAAUCAUUAAUCGGGAUGAGAUUUCCUUUAAUCAUGUUUGUUCUUGAGUUAUGUGAGCACGUUUGCUAGUUAAUAUGUUAUCUUGCUAGGAUGUUAUUUUAGUAUAAGUUAAAUGAAGAGGUGACUUGGAGUUAAUUUGAUUGUUUCAAUACUUUAGUUGUAGUUUUUUUUUUUUUUUGAAGAAGGAACAAUCUUUUUUUUUCUUUCUUUAAAGCUGUCGAUUAUUGUGUGCGAUCUUCCACGGCACUGCGGAAAAAUUCCUCAUCGCAUUUAUAAGAAAACGUUGAGGCCCUUCCAAUUUUCAAUCAUGUCGUCGUCUUUGAAAUGAGGAUAAGUGAGUAAAACACGCCUGAUCUUU